CACAGGCAGCGGCUCCCGCAGCUCCAGCGGGAUGUGGUGUGGCACAGCCUGUGAGCGGUGGCAGAGGGGAGUGCGGGGGGCCGAGAGGCAGAGACCCUCUGCAGUUGCUAUCUGUUGGCAGCCCCUAACUCACGCGUUAGAUGGGGGGCAGAGGUCUGAGCGAGUUGGGCUUUGGAUGGCACGAGCUCUGUGAGUGCUGCUUGUCUGCGAGGGGGGAUGUGGCAAAGCACUGGCUUUGCUGUCUCAGGAAGGCUCUGGUCUGGGCUCUUGCGUAGGCAUAAGACAAUAGCGAUGUGUGUGAAUGCAGGUAAAGAAGGAUCCAGAAUGCAGAGGACGCAAAGGAUCGUUGGGCCAGAUCGCUACAUUCCCAGCUGUAGCGCUCUGGACAUGGAUGUGGCCAAGUUCCUCCUGACCGGACAGAAGGACGCUGCUGAGGUGUCAGCUGCCAAGAAGGAGCGCCAGAGAGCCCGGGCAGUGAUUCUGAACGGCUUUGAUGUGGAAGAGGCAAAGAUCCUGGGCCUCAGUGGAAAGGCUCAGAGCACUGCGUCAGGCUUUCAGAACAACCUCAAAGCGCUCUACAGGCACCAGGUGAUGCCUGGGUCCAUCAGGAGGAAGGGCCGAUUGAUUUCGUCCGCAGCAGACCGGAUCCUGGGUGCCCCAGACAUCCGUGAUGACUGUUAUCUGACUUUCCUUGACUGGAGCACUCAAAACCUCCUGGCGCUGGCUCUGGACACCACUGUCUACCUGUGGGACCACACCUCCGGGGAGACCAUCAACCUCAUGGAGACAGAGUACGCAGAUGGUUAUGUUUCCUCUGUGUCCUGGGGUAACGGAGGAGACUGCCUGGCUGUUGGCACAAGCAAUGGUGAGGUGCAGCUGUGGGACAUCACGCGUCAGAAACGUCUCCGCACUCUGACCAGCCACGUGUCCCGUGUGGGGUGUCUCAGCUGGAACAGCUACAUCCUGUCCAGCGGGUCACGCAGUGGCCUCAUCCACCACCACGAUGUCCGAGUCGCUCAGCAUCACGCGGUCACGCUUGCUGGUCAUACAUGGGAGGUGUGUGGACUGCAGUGGUCUCUAGAUGGCCGCUACCUUGCCAGCGGUGGUGAUGACCACGUGGUGAACGUCUGGCCAAGCAUCCAGGGGGGCCAUGGAGGAUUUGCUCCAGUCCAGACCUUCUGUCAGCACCAGGAUGCUGUCAAGGCUGUGGCAUGGUGUCCGUGGCAGUUCAGCAUUUUGGCCACUGGAGGCGGAGCCAGUGACAAACGCAUCCGCCUCUGAAACGUGUGUUCUGGCAGCUGCCUCAGCAACGUUGAUGCCCGUUCCCAGGUUUCUUCCAUCCUGUGGUCAACAAACUACAAGGAGCUCAUUUCAGGCCAUGGAGAGAAUCAGCUGGUGAUCUGGAAGUAUCCAGCCAUGUCCAAGGUCACCGAGCUGCGAGGAAGAGUCUUGAGCAUGGCUCUGAGCCCUGAUGGUGAAACCGUGGCCUCGGUUGCUGGGGAUGAAACGCUGCGACUCUGGCGCUGUUUUCAGAUGGAUCCGAUCAUGAAGAAGGAGAAAGAGAAGGCCAACAGAGUCAUAAGCAGCAUCCUUCACCAGGCCAUACGCUAA